CGCAAGGGCCCCUUUGGAUGGCGUGUAGGGUUCAUCCACUGCGUCUGCGCAAUGCCCCUCGGUUGCCGUCCCCGGAAGCUCUCCCUUCCCAGGAAGCCGUGGGCCGCAGCUAUUCGGCCUCUCUAGGCCGGCGGGUCCUCCGCUCCAUGGUCCUGACUGUCAGCGCCGUGUCAGGAGGCCAGCGCCGAGGGCCGGCUGCGCUCGGACGCUUCGACCCUCGAGCCGGUCGCGGGUAUCCCGGCGGCCGCGGGACGAUGGCCUGGUGGCACUGACAGGCGCGGGCGGCUGCCGAGCCCCGCGGGCCGGCAUGGCGGGCCAGUUCCGCAGCUACGUGUGGGACCCGUUGCUAAUCCUGUCGCAGAUCGUACUCAUGCAGACCGUCUACUAUGGCUCUCUGGGCCUGUGGCUGGCGCUGGUGGACGCGCUGGUGCGCAGCAGCCCGUCCCUGGACCAGAUGUUCGACGCGGAGAUCCUGGGCUUCUCCACCCCUCCAGGCCGGCUCUCAAUGAUGUCCUUCGUCCUCAACGCCCUCACCUGUGCCCUGGGCUUGCUGUACUUCAUCCGGCGAGGGAAGCAGUGCCUGGACUUCACUGUCACUGUGCAUUUCUUUCACCUCCUGGGCUGCUGGCUCUACAGCUCCCGUUUCCCCUCGGCGCUGACCUGGUGGCUGGUCCAGGCUGUGUGCAUUGCACUCAUGGCCGUCAUCGGGGAGUACCUGUGCAUGCGGACAGAGCUCAAGGAGAUCCCCCUCAGCUCAGCCCCUAAGUCCAAUGUCUAGAGUUGGGCCCUUUGGACACUCUGCUGGCACUUGGGCCCCAUCACCUUGGGCUGCUCAGACCUCCAGAUGGGGUCUGGCCCAAGUCUGAGCAGAACCCUGGAAAUGUGAAGUCUGUUGGUGGAGAGAUAAUGAGGCCCCAUCAUAAAGGCAGGUAGCAGCCAUGAUCACAGAUGCAAGAAUGGCCUCUGCUUGCCAAAGCCUUGAUAUCUGGAGGCCAGUAAGGGACCUCAUGGAGGGUAGUGACAGAUUUGGAACCAUGUCACAUGAGCCAUCAUACUGUCACCAGCCUGUUAUUUUAAAAAGAAAAAAAAAAAUCAAGGAUAUCUGAUUGGAAUAAACCACUCUUCUCGUUGUCUGUCUUAUGCCUGUGACAGCCGGUACUUUUGCCGUGUUGCCAAACUACAGGGAUUCUCUGUGGAGAAAUAUCUGAUUUCUGGGUCCAUAGCCACAGGAAAAAAUGUAGGUACAGAGUGCUAGGCUGCUGAGAGGACGUCGAGGGGCGGAGGCAUCGAGCACAAGAAAAAUGCAUGGCCGUGCCAUUAGACACACACUUUUGUGUGUGUGUGUGUGUCCAGGACCCAUGACUGACUCCCUCUAGUUCCCUGUAUGGACUCUGCCUUGCUGUUGUCACUCAGCACAGCCAGAGACAGGACCCAGAGAAAACCCUAGCAUCCCUCCCAGCCUUACCUUCAUAAUAAAAGCCACUGUCUGCUCUCUGGAAGCGAGCAGGCAGCCAGCUUCUACUGGACCUCAACUGUGGUGGGAGUUUCUGUUUGCUGUCUUCUGAGUUCUGUGACAGGGAGGGUGUACUAAAGGUGCUGGAGGCUCGCCCUGCCCUGCUAAGCUUUCCUCCAAGUGGUUUCCUCAGGAAGGGCUGGCAGCUGUCCUUCCUAGGUACAUAAAUACACUAUUUUCCAAUCCUU